CUCCAGAAGGUAGCACUGCCAAGGAAUAGAAAAGCAAGAUGAAUGAUGUGAAACUUGCUGUCUUGGGGGCUGAAGGAACAGGCAAAUCUGCCCUUAUAGUAAGGUUUCUUACCAAGCGAUUCAUUGGAGAAUAUGCUUCUAAUUUUGAAUCAAUCUAUAAUAAGCAUUUGUAUCUGGAAGGAAAGCAACUGAAUCUGGAAAUAUAUGACCCUUGCUCUGAAUGCUUGCUUUGUUUUCAGCCACAGAAAGCAAAAUUUUCCCUCACAAGUGAACUGCAUUGGGCAGAUGGGUUUAUUAUUGUGUAUGACAUCAGUGACAGGUCUUCAUUUGCUUUUGCAAAAGCACUGAUCUACAGAAUCCGAGAGCCACAAAGUAGUCAUUGUAAAAGAACUGUGGAAUCAGCAGUGCUUUUGGUUGGUAACAAGAAAGAUCUCUGUCAUGUGCGAGAAGUUGGCUGGGAAGAAGGGCAAAAACUGGCCCUGGAUAACCGAUGCCAGUUUUCUGAACUGUCUGCAGCAGAGCAGUCUCUAGAGGUAGAAAUGAUGUUUAUCAGAAUUAUCAAGGACAUCCUGACAAACUUCAAACUCAAAGAGAAGAGACGACCCAGUGGAUCUAAAUCAAUGGCCAAAUUGAUCAAUAAUGUAUUUGGAAAGAGAAGAAAAUCUGUUUAGUAGACAUGUGAUCCUAGGGGAUUUAUUAUAUUAGAGAGUUUCAAACAUACACAUGAUAAUUAAAUUUACCCUUUGUACAUAAUUAUUUUUUCUAAAAAUCCUCAUAGUGAUAUGAAAUGAUUGAAUAUGAACCACAGUUGUGUUUUCAAACACAUAGUUUACCUUCUUGUUUUUUUUUUUUUUUAUCUUGUACACUCUGCUACACACUUAGCCUUUUCUUUAUCACACAAAGUAACAUUUGGUAUAGCAUGUUGUUGGGUUGCUGUCCAGACUACUGCCUUGCCAAAUAAAUUGUUUAUAAUUUAUGAAACUACU